AAAUUAUACACGGAAUUUUCUAAAGAAUAAUAAGCUAAAUAGCUGAAAACAAUGUACAACAGUGCAGCUAUAAUGUGCAGCCAACCAGUUAAUGAACAUUUUCUAAGCAGACCACCGCGGAAGGAUUAAACUGAUGUGUCAACGUAGAUGUUUAGCUGAAUAACAUUGUUCAAUGAAAUGACCAACUGUCUUUGCUGCAAUUUUAACCAGUUAUCUGUGAGAUUUAGAUGUAUGGUAGCCAUACUUAAGAGGGAAGCCAGCCAGCCCACAGUCUCACAUGAUGGAGGAGGUCCUAAUGUUGGAGCGUGUUAUAUUGGAAAUAAUAGUGAAACACUAGCCGCCUGACAGCAUGGCUCGAAAGGGACAGGUUUCCAUCCAGACCACAUUGGAAAGUAAUGAGGAGUUCGAAACUUAUCUGGAACAGCAUUUCAAUCAACUGAUUUGUAUGGAAGUGUACUCUGAGUUUUGUGGGUACUGCCUUGCCACCGGGAAUGCUAUUAGGAAAGGCAAACUGGAAAUUGGGAUGGAUUCUAUUGCUAUGGCAAAGGCUCUGGCUGAUAAUAUAGAUGCUCUGUCCAGAUUCAAGGAUAAGAGUGAGCCUACGUUUCUCUUCAUUUUUAAAGGCAAGCUCACACGGGCCAUGUUCGGUGCGAACGGGAUAGAACUGUGUCGCAUCAUAGAAGAAGAGCUGGGGAGUGUGAAGAGGGAGAUAGACACUGGUAUAGAGAGGCCCAAACUUGCCAUAAACCAAAUGCUGCCCGAGGAGGCCGAAAAACUGCAAGAGGAUUUGAAAAUCGAAGAAGAAAUCCGUCAAGCGUCAGAGCGCCUGCGCACCCUGGUGUUGGCGGCGCGCAAGAAACGCGUCUGCGAACGACUCUCCGUUAACGUCGCGAGGCUCAACUUCAUUCUGUUCUGGCCGCACUGCCACCAGGCGCAUUACGACCUCUACGAGAAGUGGGAUAUUGUCAAUAUCCAAGUGGCCGCUAAGGAGACUUUCCAAUUGCAACCUGAAAAUGUUAAAGAAGUGUUGUAUAUGAGCGAUGUGGAGCCCAACGACGCAUGUAUAUACGCCCUACUCAAGGGCGAAGUACUUGUGGUACUCUUCAAGAUGUUUGACACGGACAACAGGGAUUUCAUCAAGCUAAUGCGGCACGCCCUCUACGAGGAGAUCCCAGUGCCAAAGGAGGACGUCCCCCCCGAGAAGCAGGUCCCUCCCAUUCCCGCGUACGAGAGAUACGCGUCUAUAAGCAAAACUGCCAGAGAAGUGCGCCGAGACCGGUACGAGCUGAGGAUGGCGAAACUUCGUGCAGAAAGGGAAGAACGCGAACGUCUGGCAGCUGAGCAAGCGCGCCUUGAGAGGGAGGCGGAGGAAGAAAGACAGAGACAGGAGAAGCAGAGACAAGAGGAGGAACGCAUGGCUAGAAUACAGGCUGGGCUGCCAGCGGAACCGGAACCAGAGCCGGGGGAGGAGGAGGGGGAGGGUGAGGAAGUAGAAGAAGUGGAGAAAGAGAGUACCGUGGUGGUGGAGGAAGAAGAAGAGAAGGUGGAACAAGAGGAAGAGUUCCACUCAGACGUGGAGGUGGAGGACGAGGAGUAUAUCCCGCCGGGGGGUCUUUUUGUUCCUGGAUUGUAUUCGCCGCCGAACGAGCUGGCCAAAGCUAACGCUUUAACGUUCUUCUUCCCUAAGGUGGUGAAGGAGUUGGCUACGAUCGAGUCAGAGUAUUUGCCACCUCACGUGCUGGUCAUAUUCCACAUAGACAAGCGCGGAGAAGUGCAAGAGGUCAUGACGCAGUACCCUGAAGAUAUACUCGCGACUGGUAUUUUUGUCGGGGAGGACCCGUUCACCGCUGAGCAUCUGGCGUACUCGAUCAAACAAUACAACAAAAUGGAAAGGCCGAGGAGACACAAGGACCGCUUGGCGUUAAUGGUGUCGCGGCGCCGCAGCCUCGCGCUGCUGCAGCUGGCGGGCCUGAACCCCUGCUACAUCAGCAGCGACGUGGUCUCCGGGGAGAAGGACUGCCUGACCCUCUUCCCCGUCGGCUACGGAGACGACUUCGAGGAGGAGGAGACGCUGCAGGAGGAGGAGAUUGUGGAGGUUGAGGCCCCACCGCCAGAGCCCGAGCCGGAAGUUGUUGAAGAAGAAAAAGUGGCUGAUGAAGAAGACGAAGAAGAUUGAAACUGCGAUAUUUAUGAAUUAUAUAGAGUUAAAUUUGUCAUUAUUAAAUUAUGUACCUACUUACUAUUUAUACCUACAAUUAAACAUUAUUUUUAUUGUUA